CUCGCAAUCGGAGGCUGCUUGACACGACAUCAACGUUGCCUUACUUCUCUCUCUCCCUGUGGCCCAAAGUAUAACUUAUCACAGCUUUUGGGCAACUUUGGAGGAGUGUCGCAUGACGAGAAUGAAAAAGAAAACUGAUGCCACGCCAACAGUCACGCUCAAUCGUUUUGUUCAAGAGACGCCGCCAACUGGGAGCUCCAAGAAUGGAUAUGUGUUCCAGGAGAUGGAGAUGCGCGAUGGGGAACAAGAGGCAACGAUCCCGCACCAGGACCCUAUCUAUGACAAUACCAGCCAACUCAGCGUCUCAGACAAAGAAGGUCCAGGGUUUGGCCUUUUAAACACAACAAGAAAGUAUGUGAAGCCGAUGGACUUUAGCGAGGAGGUGCGCGCCCACAGAGACGUGGACACCUUCCUGGCCCAGGCAAGCGUCCUCCUGGACGAGAGAGCGUCCACUCUGGAUGAGGUCCUGAGACGGAUGUUGAACAGCCUAGCGGAGGAUGGCCACACCGGCUGUGACGUGAACCAGAUCAUGGAGUCGCUAUUCACAGAUGCAGGAGGGAAGGAGCCGGGAGUUCAUCUGCUGUCAGAAACCAUUCAAGGGGUGACCGCGACAUCCACGGGGAUUCAUUACCAGCAGUCAUGGCUGUGUAUUCUAUGCAGUGUGAGUAGCCUGCAGAGACGCCACAUUUGCAUUGCACGACUGGAGAGGCCGCAGAACUGGGGAGUGGACUGCUGUGAGGCGCGCUACGUCAUUCUCAUCCUGGUCCCAGCCAGAACGAAAAGUACAAAGUCGGCCGUUGAAGCGGGCCGAACCUUUGCCACCAUGUUCUCGGAUAUUUCCUUCAGACAGAGGCUUCUGGAGACAAUGACUCUGGAGGAGUUCAAGCAAGAGCUGGUCCGCCAGCGUCAACAACUCUCUGCCUUCACAGAGAAGGUGGCUGUAGAUCAGGUGGAUAACUCGGAUCCACGGCGAGGCAAAGAACUUAAGUGUAAAGAUUUCUUCAAACCUGGUAAAGGUGUUUACGAUGACCUUCGUCGCCGUCUCCCGCUCUACCCUUCUGACUUCACGGAUGGUAUCAUUGGGAAGGACCGCUCUCUGCUGAAGUACACCACUACUGCUAUUUUCCUUUACAUCGCUAUUCUGCUGCCAGCCAUCGCCUUUGGUUCUCUCAACGACGAAAGUACAAGAGGGGAAAUAGAUGUUCAGAAGACCAUAGUCGGCCAGAGCAUCGGAGGGGUGAUCUACUCCUUGUUUGCCGGUGCGCCACUUGUCAUUCCGUUGACCACUGCCCCAUUGGCCAUCUUCAUUAGUGUUAUCCGGGGCAUAUGUGAUGACUACGAUCUGGACUUUGACGCUUUCUACGCUUGCAUCGGCCUGUGGAACAGUUUAUUCCUCAUUCUGGGAGGUUUAUUUAAUGUCAGCCUGGUAAUGAAGCUCUUCAAACGCUCCACAGAGGAAGUCAUUGCCUUGUUCAUCUCCAUCGCAUUUGUUGUGGAUGCAUUGAAAGGCACGGUCAAAAUUUUCAAACAUUUCUUUCAUGAGCCCACACUGGCAACUUCAAAUAGCACCGUAGUGCUUCAACAAAUCACGGAGGUUCUGGAGAAGAUGAACAACCAGACGUCGGGCCAUCAAAAUGUCGACGGGUCCCCGAUGACGGAUCGCAUUGAGGGGCACACCUCCGUCUUCCUCCCCAGGUCUUUGGUGAUUUGCUCCAGAGAGAUCCCCAUCCUGUGCCUGCUGCUCAUGCUGGGCACCUUGUGGCUGGGUUACGCCCUCUACCUCGUCAAGAGGAGCCCAUAUAUGAACGGCAAAGUCAGAGAAGUUGUGUCCGACUGCGCCCUGCCCAUCUCUGUGCUGGUUUUCUCUUUCAUCGGUUCCUACCUCUUCCUGGACAUAAAGAUCCCUGUGUUUAGCGUCUACAACGGGCCAGUUUUCAACUACCCGCUCUUUGACAAGCUGUCGGGCCUGAAUACUCUGAGCGCCGUUGGCCUCGGCUUCCUCCUUGCCUUGCUCAUCUUCAUCGACCAGAACAUAGUCAUUUCGCUCACACAUGUACCAGAACACAAGCUACUGAAAGGCACAACAUUUCACUGGGACUUAGUGCUGACAGGCCUCAUCAACAUCCUCAUGUCCUGUCUGGGGUUGCCAUGGAUGCACGCCGCCUUCCCGCAUUCCUCACUGCAUGCCCGUCAGCUGGCCAAAAUGGAACAGCACGUGGAGAACGGCCAUGUUUACACCACUAUCGUCAGUGUAAAGGAGACACGUCUGACCUCGCUGGUCGCCAACAUCCUGAUCGGCCUGUCCGCUUUCAUGCUUCCCAUUCCUCUCCAGUGGAUUCCCAAGCCUGUCCUCUACGGGCUCUUCCUCUACAUUGCCGCUACAUCGCUCGACGGGAACCAGAUGGUGGACCGCAUGGCUCUGCUGCUGAAGGAACAGACGUCCUAUCCCCCGACCCACUACAUCCGCCGAGUGCCCCAGAGGAAGGUGCACUUUUUCACCGGGCUGCAGAUCAUCCAGCUCAUUAUCCUGUGUGCCUUUGGCAUGUAUCCUCUGCCCUACAUGAAGAUGGUCUUCCCUCUACUGAUGAUCUUGCUCGUCCCCGUCAGGACCUGCUUACUUCCAAGAAUUAUUGACACUAAGUAUCUGGACAUCAUGGACUCACAGCACAUGUAAAAGCAGAUGACGAUAAUGAAGGAAAUGGACACUGGACAUAUCUGCAUUUGCUUGUUAACAAUCAGUGUAAUUAUCAUUAUCAUUGUUAAUUAAGUACUUGACCAACCAUUUUCUGCAAGUUAAUUAGUUGCUAAUGAGCACAAGCAUCCACACACAAAAAAGUGAUGUUGUAGUUAUUCAGAAAUACAUUAUAACGAUGUUCUUUUUCUGUUUUGUUAUUUGUAUUUUGUAUUUCAUGUAUUUGUCUGUCCAUUUAACAUUGUUUUCAAACAUAUGACACAUUUUUAGUUCAGCCUCACUUGUGCAAUAGAAAUUGUUGUACUGACGUUUUAGUAUUAUAAAUCAGUUCAUCAUUUCAAUGAAACUCAGAAUCCAGUUGCUGCUGACUUGGUUUCAGAAUGUUUCAUUUUAAGGAUGCGAGUAAUGUGAUGAAGUAUGCUGUGAUGUGAAGUGGCUCCGUGCAGCAAUGAGGGCAUUAAGACAAAGAAUGGUCUACAAACGAAGCCCUUCACCGGAGUUAAUUGUCCGUUUGGUUUAAUUUGACUGAGCAAAAAACACAUAGCCUGGGAGUGUCGUGUGAAACUGCUCCAGUAGGAGGCAGUGCAAGCCAAGUAGCUGGAUGUAUGCGAGCGCUGACGACCUUUGCAGAACAGACAAGCCUCCCAAAACGUCCCAGUUUUUCAUGAGCAGUUACUAAAGUGAAGGCUAAGCAGCCUUAGAUUUAACAGCGAAAUUCCAAUUUGUUUCCUCAAACGUCAAAUCCGUGAAAUAAAUGGCCAUCAAGCUCCAAUUUUCACAUCUGUACUCGAAAGAAGUGUUUCCCAACCUUUUUCAUCCAUGGCACCGUUUCAUUGGAGAUAAUCUCGAGGCACACCACAAACAGAAAUCUGUUAAAUGUUACACCAGCUUCUAUAUUAAAACCAAGACAUUGUGAAAGUGCUAUAUGAAUAAAGUCCUAUAUAUAUAAA